CGCAAGCCGCGCUCGCGCCGUGCUCUCGGCUCGACGCAACCUGCCCGUGUAUUUAAGCACUCGCCGCCCGCCAAACAUCUCUCUCGGCCACUCAACAAGUUCGCGCCGCACGGUCCCGGCAAAUUUCGGCUCAAACUACCGUUAGAAAAAUAUAAUUAGAGAGACAGAAACAGAGAGGAUGAGGCCAGGAAUUGCAGCCACCCUGUUCGCGCUUAUCACGUUAUGCCUGAUGGCCUGCGCAAAUGGAUCUCCACUAAUCAAUCCAAGCAACGAAGUAAUAGAGACCGACAUGGAUCCUGAACUGAUGCUCCAAAUUUUGGCUCGCCUGGGACAAUCGAUGUUGAGGAAUCAGGAGCUCGAGAGAAUUUACACCCCAAAGAGCUCAAAACGAGGCCUGGAUUUCGGCAUGAGUCGCGGCUUUUCGGGAUCGCAGACGGCCAAACACCUGCUCGGACUGGCGGCCGCCUCGUACGCAGGAGGGCCUGGCCGCAGGAAGCGCGACGCAGUUCUCUUCACCGGCAACUAAUCCCUCCUAAUUAUUCCACACGUUUUUAAUUCCGAAAUUCCUCGGGCUCUAUUCCUUUUCUCGACACUCAUUAUCACAACUCCGGCAUGCAAAUCAAGAAGUUUUCCCACCCAGAGGCUCCUUUCGUCCUUUCUCCUCAUUUUCUCGCCCGAUAAUAAUAAUAAUAAUAAAAAGUAUAACCCAGCAGAUUUGUACCUACAUACAUAUGUGUUUUAGCACAGCAGAUCGAUGUAUAUUUUUAUCUCUACCUUCGAUUUCGAUGCUGCUUUCCUCGGCAGGAUUGAUUAAUUGUCCACGUGUAUAUUCGAUCUUUCCGUACGUAGCGUGAUUAGCAACCGCAUCACUAGCAGCGUGAUUGCCUUCCUGGCCUGCAACGGUCGUUUCAUCUCUCUCUCUCCCUACUAUGAUCUGUCGCAAAUAUUAUCAGUGCAAUUCUCCAUGCUGUAUUGGAAUCGACGUAGAUUAAUUAAAUAAAUAAAAUGUAAUGUUUGAAAAAAAAGAGAGAAACUCCGCCAACACAUACACACACACAUAUUAUGUAGCGCACAGUAGGUCUGUAUCAAGGUUUAUCAAUAAAAGUCUAACAUAU